AUGAAUCAAGUGUCGAACUUUGCUGUUGGCGUUGUUAACGUCUGUGCAUAUACCAUCAUGUUCGGUACAUUGUUUGUGAAAGGAACCUUGACGUUCAAAAAUAACAACGAGAUUCGCAUGACAUUGCAAGCUGCAGUGGUAUCACUAUUCGAGUUAAUUUUCUUUCUUUAUUGGGAGUACGGUCCUACAUCAGGACUUCCUGAGUUCUGGAGGCGCGUAUGUGACGGUUAUUCAAUACUUAUCUAUUUCGACGUACUCGUUCUACCUUACGUGAUACUAAACAAGUAA